ACGAGGAUGAGAGAGAGAGGUAGAGAGAGAGAGAGAGAGGAGCAGGAGGAGGACAGAGAACACGGGCAACAUGGACAACAUGGAAUCGGAAGGAUGCUUCAUCCAGAGGAGGAAGCCAAUGGAGAGGCCAGGAGUCAAUCAAUCAGAAACAGGGGGAACAAGGGUAUAUGAUAUAUACAGUCUAAACAGGAAAAGCAAGAGCGGGGCAAGGUUUGGGUUUGUCAGAUUUCUCAAUGUGCACGACAAAAGAGAACUGGAGAGACAGCUUGAUCAGAUAUGGAUUGGAGACUGGAAACUAUGGGUCAACUCUCCAAGAUACGAUGAUGUGAAGAAAGAAGAAAAUAAGGAAGGAAAACGGCAAGGAUUAAUUCCAAAGUAUCAGAGCAAGAGCUAUGCAGAAGUACUUAGAGGAAAUGGAGCUGGAAAUGUUGAAGGAGUGAACAAGGGGCAGUACAGAUCAGAGCCGUUGGAAAGAAGGGAGAACAGGAAAAGAGAAGGUUUUGGAAUAGCAGAAAACAGAAAACAAGAUUUCUUGCCAUCAUUCCACAGUGGGUCGGAGGAAAAUGAAUCUUGGUCAUGGGAUACAGACAUGGACAGCAUGGAAAAUGGAUUUAGAAAAAUCGAAGAGCCGGCUGUAGAACACAACUCAGAAGCAGAGGAGGAAGAUGAUGAGGUGGCGGGUGAUAAGGGCAAAAAUGGAAAAAUUCAUCAUUCUCAAGAAGAGGUAGAGGCUGCAGAUAGCUUGGAGAAAUUUCAAAAUUCAAACUCAGGAGCAGGUAGAGUAGGCCGGCUGGAAGAGAUGCAGGGACAUGGGGAUCGAACAGCACCGACAGUGCAUAGGGAACGGGCAAAUUCAGCAGAAAAUUGGGAAAAAGAAGGGGUAGAAUCGGGCCUGGAAAAGCAGGAUAUAAAGAGGACAAGUGAAAGGCCCAUACCACAACAAACAAGGUGUGUGGAGGAGGAAUCAGUUGCCUUGAGCUCGGCCCAGUCGGUGACAAGCCCAAUAGGACCCAACAGAAAUGAAGAUUCUAAAAUUGAAGAAACAGAGCAUGAAAUUACAGAAGAGGAAGACGUUGACCCAUUCUGGAAAGGAUUUGAAAGUGAAGAGGGUCGACUGAAGCAGUGGAUGGGUCGAAGGGCAGAUCUGAACUGGACGGGGAAGAAGAAAAAAAAGAAAAUUCGCUCAUGUAGAUCAAUCUACUCCAUAGAUCCGGUAGAUCCUCUUGUUGGUGUGGAGGAAAAAAGAGGGAAGAAUCGUGGUAAGAAGUGGACAACGAAGAAGGGGAAGAAGGCGACGCUGGCAUUCAGGACAGCUUCUGGUAGUAGAGCAGCUGGGGGUUCAAUUGGUGACACAUAAAUCAGGAAUUGCAACAGACUAGCCGAGAGAUAGAAACAAGAUAAGCAACUUGCAGAUUUAUGGGAUUUUGCGAAAAAGCUAGGGGUAGUGGCUGUGGAUGAACAGGAAAUUCAGAAAAGAAUUGAAGAAAUGGAGAAAAGAGAUGAAGAGGAGAAAGCAAGCAUGUUGCAGAUGGAGGAAGAUAGCACGAAGAAGGUAAAAAAUAAUUUAAAUGAAUUUGUUGUCCUUUAACUACAGAGGGCUUGGAGGGGUUGGGAAGAAAAGAUAGAUUAGAGAAUUAAUUAUGAAAGAAAAAAUAGAAUUUUUGGCUAUUCAGGAGACUAAAUUGGGGAAUGUAGAUAUGAGUUUCUGUAGAAAGUUAUGGGGGACGGAUGAUUGUGACUAGGUAGCGAAGGCGGCCAAUGGAUUGGCAGGAGGAUUGCUCUGUAUAUGGAACUCCAAAGUGUUUAGAAAAAAUGAAGUGAUAGAGGGGGA